AUGAAUUUUUUGUUUCGACAACCACGUACAUUUAAACCUCAUCGAAAUAUACCAGAAGGUACAAAACAACAUGAUUUAAUGAAGCAUGCACAAAAUACUUUAGGCAGUGGAAAUUUACGUUUAGCUGUACAAUUACCUGAAGGAGAAGAUCUUAAUGAAUGGAUUGCUGUUAAUAUUGUUGAUUUUUUUAAUCAAAUAAAUAUGCUUUAUGGUACAAUAACAGAAUUUUGUACAGAAACAACAUGUGUCUUAAUGACAGCUGGACCAAAAUAUGAAUAUCAUUGGGCUGAUGGUCAAAUAAUAAAAAAACCAAUAAAAUGUUCCGCACCACGUUAUAUUGAUUAUUUAAUGUCAUGGGUACAAGAUCAACUUGAUGAUGAAUUAAUAUUUCCAUCAAAAAUUGGUAUACCAUUUCCAAAAAAUUUUCUUUCAAUAGCUAAAACAAUAUUAAAACGUUUAUUUCGUGUUUAUGCACAUAUAUAUCAUCAACAUUUUAAAGAAGUUGUUAUGCUUAAAGAAGAAGCACAUUUAAAUACAUCAUUUAAACAUUUUGUUUAUUUUAUACAAGAAUUUUCAUUAGUUGAAAAAAAAGAAUUAGCACCAUUACAAGAAUUAAUUGAUCGAUUAACAACAAAAGAUCAUUAG